GCAGCGCCGCGCCGCGCGGGGGGAGGGGGCCCGAGCGAGGAUGCCGCAGCGGCCGCCGCAGCCGCAGCAGCCGCCCCGCGACGCCCGGCCGCGGCGGGGCUGAGCCCGGAGUCAAGAUGGCGCCGGGCCGCAGGGCGGGGGGCGGCCGGGGGGCGCUGCUGCCGCUGCCGCUGCCGCUCCCGCUGCUGCCGCUGCUGCUGCUGGGCGGGCACUGCCUGGGCGAGCAGCUCGCGCCCGGCGCCCUGGCCUCCCCCGCCGCCAGCGCCGCCGGCCCUGAGGAGACGGUGAUCAUCGGGCUGCGGCUGGAGGACACGGACGACGUGUCGUUCAUGGAGGGCGGCGCGCUGCGCGUGAGCGAGCGCACGCGGGUGAAGCUGCGGGUCUACGGGCAGAACAUCAACAACGAGACGUGGUCGCGCAUCGCCUUCACCGAGCACGAGCGGCGGCACCGCGGCGCGGCGGCGCCGGGGGCCGGCCCGGGGCCGGGUGGCGGCAGCGGGAGCGACGGCGGUGGCGGUGCCGCCGGCGGCCCCCCGGCCCCGCAGCGCUGCGGCAUCCGCACGUCGGACAUCAUCAUCCUGCCGCGCAUCCUGCAGACCCGCCGCACGUCGGGCAUCAUCGAGAUCGAGAUCAAGCCCCUGCGCAAGACGGAGAAGAGCAAGUCGUACUACCUGUGCACCUCGGUGGCGGCGCCGCCCGGCGCGCUGGGCGCCGCCGAGGGGCCGGGCUGGACGGAGACGACGUGGAUCUACCACGACGGCGAGGACACUAAGAUGAUCGUGGGCGAGGAGAAGAAGUUCCUGCUGCCCUUCUGGCUGCAGGUGAUCUUCAUCUCGCUGCUGCUGUGCCUCUCGGGCAUGUUCAGCGGGCUCAACCUGGGGCUCAUGGCGCUGGACCCCAUGGAGCUGCGCAUCGUGCAGAACUGCGGCACGGACAAGGAGAAGAACUACGCCAAGCGCAUCGAGCCCGUGCGGCGCCAGGGCAACUACCUGCUGUGCUCGCUGCUGCUGGGCAAUGUGCUGGUCAACACCACCCUCACCAUCCUGCUGGACGACAUCGCCGGCUCGGGGCUGGUGGCCGUGGUGGUGUCCACCAUCGGCAUCGUCAUCUUCGGCGAGAUCGUGCCGCAGGCCAUCUGCUCGCGGCACGGCUUAGCCGUGGGCGCCAACACCAUUUUCCUCACCAAGUUCUUCAUGAUGAUGACCUUCCCGGCCUCCUACCCGGUCAGCAAGCUGCUGGACUGCGUGCUGGGCCAGGAGAUCGGCACGGUCUACAACCGGGAGAAGCUGCUGGAGAUGCUGCGGGUCACCGACCCCUACAACGACCUGGUGAAGGAGGAGCUCAACAUCAUCCAAGGGGCGCUGGAGCUGCGCACCAAGACGGUGGAGGACGUGAUGACGCCCCUGCGGGACUGCUUCAUGAUCGCCGCCGAGGCCGUGCUGGACUUCAACACCAUGUCGGAGAUCAUGGAGAGCGGCUACACCCGCAUCCCCGUCUUCGAGGGUGACCGCUCCAACAUCGUGGACCUGCUCUUUGUCAAGGACCUGGCCUUCGUGGACCCUGACGACUGCACCCCGCUCAAAACCAUCACCCGCUUCUACAACCACCCGCUGCACUUUGUCUUCAACGACACUAAGCUCGAUGCCAUGCUGGAGGAGUUCAAGAAAGGCAAAUCCCACCUGGCCAUAGUCCAGCGAGUAAACAACGAAGGGGAAGGAGACCCGUUUUAUGAAGUUCUGGGAAUCGUCACGUUAGAAGAUGUGAUCGAAGAAAUCAUCAAGUCGGAGAUUCUCGAUGAGACUGACCUGUACACUGAUAACAAGACGAAAAAGAAAGUCGCCCAUCGGGACAGGAAGCAGGACUUCUCUGCCUUCAAGCAGACAGACAGCGAGAUGAAGGUUAAAAUAUCACCGCAGCUCCUCCUGGCAAUGCACCGUUUCCUGGCAACAGAAGUAGAAGCCUUUGGUCCAUCCCAGAUGUCGGAGAAGAUCCUUCUAAGGCUGCUAAAGCACCCCAACGUCAUUCAGGAGCUGAAAUAUGAUGAGAAGAACAAGAAAGCCCCGGAAUACUACCUCUACCAGCGAAACAAGCCCGUCGACUACUUUGUUCUCAUUUUACAGGGGAAAGUGGAAGUGGAGGCUGGGAAAGAGGGAAUGAAGUUUGAAGCUGGUGCUUUUUCCUACUAUGGGGUGAUGGCCCUCACAGCGUCGCCAGUUCCCUUGUCCCUGUCUCGUACCUUUGUUGUCAGCAGAACAGAGUUGUUAGCAGCAGGUUCUCCAGCUGAGAACAAGUCACCGCCUCGUCCUUGUGGCUUGAAUCAUUCAGACUCUUUAAACAGAAGCGAUCGCAUUGACGCGGUGACGCCAACGUUAGGGAGCAGCAACAACCAGCUGAACGCGUCUUUCCUUCAAGUGUACGUCCCAGACUACUCGGUGAAAGCGCUCACGGACAUUCAGUUUGUCAAGAUCUCAAGACAGCAGUACCAAAAUGCCCUGAUGGCAUCUCGGAUGGACAAAACCCCUCAGUCCUCGGACAGUGAAAACACUAAAAUCGAACUGACUCUUACGGAGCUGCACGACGGUUUGCCAGACGAGACGGCAAACCUCCUGAACGAACAGAACUGUGUGACUCACAACAAGUCCAAUCACAGUAUGCACAGCGAAGGCGCCAUCUAGGACCGACCCCCGCCACACGUCCCCUUCCCGCCCCAUCUCUCCAGCAGGACCAGCCCUCGCUCCUUCCUGCCUUUCGACCCGGCCGCGAACACCAUUUAGUACGUGCUUGAAAUGCUGCGCUGCGCCCAGUGCUCUGAGACCAAAGACGUUGCGCCCGUCUCGGGCGCGGGAGAGGAAGAAACGAGGAGAGCGGAGCAAGAAAGAGACGACCGAAAAACCAAACGAACCGUGGGAGCAGCGAGCGACCCUCGGCGAGCGGUGCGAUUCCUUCUUGCGGAGUAGAAUGGCGUUUAUUUUUUAGCCGUACCUUUGUUCCUCAUUGGGUUUUUCCUCCUUUCUAAAUGCUCGCAGGGGAGCUUGAGAAGCUUCUCCGAUUUAUUUUUUCAAGAGAGAUCAUGUUUUUAAAAAGAGUAUUUUGCAGAGUUUUAAAUUGUUGCUGUCCCUCCCCGGCCCCGAGUAGGCUGUGUCGUGACUUUGUGAGUUGGCUCCAAGUGUCCUCGGCCUCUUUCCAUCCUUCUCUUUGGUCCUUUUCUGUUGGUAAGAUGGUAACUGGUACUUGUAUGUAUUUGUCUCCUACAAACGAGGAAUGAGUGGAACUGCGAGGAACCUCUGUCGUAACCAUCUGAAAGUUUGGGGAAGGGCAUUACAUUCUCCCCAGCUCAGUUUCAGGGAAGGGGUGGUUAUUCUGGUGUUAAUAAUCUCUCCGAUCGCAGAAGGUUUCUUUGUAAAAAUGCAAAUAUUGUUACAUUUACAGUUUUGUAGUCUCCAAAAAUGUCACGCAUUUUGAAUAUGAAGCUGGGGGUUCUUUUUAAUCAACAACAGCGUAGUCUCCUCAAAUUGCAGGCAGGGAUGACUCCCCCGUCAGGGGUGCUGGGUGUUUUUUAUCUGCUGGAUACUUUGCGUUGGUGUGACCGGGACUCGCGUGGUGACGCUCUCUGCCUCCCCGCUGUGUUGGAAGCGCGCACCCCAGCGCGUCAGAUCUCAGACUCGGAGCUCCUUUACAGCCCGUGCACCCUGUCCUCCAGCCAGAGCACGUUUGCAGCCCGUGAUAAAUCACUGGGAUAGGAUUUAGGAGUGAUCGUUUGUCCCCGACCCCUUGGAUGUUGACACGGAAGAUGCUGCUACAAUGCCCAAAGUGAAUCCUCCCAGUGGUUUGUGCACCCCGGCCGCUGCAGGACCAUCCUCUUCUCCCCAAAAACUGACAAAGAACUUCCAUGCCAGACGGAGCUGUGCGGGAGCAAAUGCUGCGCUCCAGGGAUUGGAGAGGUUAGUCCCUGGGCAGUUUCCCCCCCUGCAGCCCCUUCAUGUCCUCCCCUCUCCCCUUUUGCUGCUUCCAUGGGGCCAUCUCUCUGAUUCUGGAAGCAGGGUGGCGUCUCCUCAGCACUGCUCCUGUUGCUUAGCCCAGGGCACGACCAGCUUCCCCACUCCAGCAGCCCGAGCCCAGAAUGGGCAAGAUGGGAGGUCCGCACCACGUAUCUCCUAGCCCCCACCAAGCAGUGUCCAUCGUGGAGCUCACGCGGGGACCAAGGAGCCCCCGUACCUCUCCCCUUGUCAGUACCCUCUUCAAGACAGUGUGAGAGUCGACCUCAGUAUUAUUCCCUGGAGAGAAGACCACGUCCUGCAGCGCAGUCUGUCUGAAGCUCAGUCCUUGCUGCUCGAAGACCACCCCAGGACCUGAGUGUAAUGUAGCAUUUUCCUCCCUUACCCAUCCAGUAAGCUUUAUCCAGCUCCGACUUGGAGACUCUCCUGAUUCCCAGUGACCCCGGGGGCAGCGCUGGCCCCGCUUCCAUCCCGACUCCGGCCCUGGGGCAAACGUGACCUCGAGCCUCGUAGCGAUGUCUGCGCAAACAGCGCGUGAAAGGCGCAGCGUUUCACCGGAGCGGCUCGUUGGUGGGUUUUGUCCUACCCCACGCUCUCCUUUUACCCUGUCCGGUGAGAACGGGCCGCCCGGGUCCAGCGAGAUGGUGGGGAGGAAAGGUACUUCCGGUCCCUUUUCCCAGGAGGCACGAAUAACACCCGCAGAGGGGAGCACAGCAGUCCCACGCAUGGUAUCGAACACGGGGGCAGGCCGAGCCUGGAGACCCGAGUCCCAGACUUGACCCUCGCACUUCUUAAGAACACUAAAUCCCUGGUUUUUCUUCCUUUUUAAACGUGCUCCUCUUCAUGCCCAGUCCACGCUCUCCACGCCCCGUUGGCUCUGGAAGGCUGCAGCCACCGGCAGGCCGACAGCGUCCCGAAAGCACGAGGCAUGUGGUCGGGCUGGUGGGUCGCCUGCUAAACCAGCCCCUCGUUACCCAGCUCGAGGAGAGCUGCUCGUGUCGCACCUUUUUCUCCAGAGCAGAGUGAGACGACAUCGCAAUAUCAACUCCUGGCCCCGGCAGGGACGCGCUUCCCUGCGUCGGCCCUUCAUAUUCAAGCCCCCUCCGUGGCUUUGUGUUGCUGAAUGUACGAUAUUGAAAGCACGGCGCGCGGGCAGGGGUAACCGUGGGGUGCAGUGUCCUUCCUAUCGAGCCUGCUCGCCGAAGCUGUCCUCGGAGGCAGGGGGUCUCUUUUGCGAGCUUCGUGCCACGUCGUGGCUUGUCGAAAAGGUGACCAAAGUGACACGAUCUCGUGGGCGAAUCCCUCCUUGCUGAGCUCCUCUGUCUGUGUUUCACAUUACGCGAGGGCUGCCUGGGAGACUUCCCUCUCCUCGCGUCCGGCGUUUGGAGCAGAGCACGCAAUAAUCCGCACGAAACCCGUCGGUCACAGAUGUGUUUCGUAAGGAUUAUGGGCUCCUCUCCUAGACGGGGACAAGCCGCUGCUAGUUGGCUUGAAGAGGGGGGGCUCCCACUGCCGUCGAGCAUUGUCGCGACACAGACAACCCAACCAGCUGGAUGUUUCGGGGUCGCUGGACUUGACUUCAGCCUUCGGCUCACGGCAAGGGUUUGCUCCAUAGAAAGGAUACUGCAUUUUCCACGCCUGUGCCGUGUCCGUUGGUCUGGGUGGUGGCACGGACGCCAGUCCGGUCGUGGGCGGGGGCAGGGCAGCCAUGUUUUCUAAUGUUGAUACCGUUUUUGCACAAGAGUUCUUUGAAGUGAGGUUUUUGACACUAAUAUCUUAAAUGCACAACUGUGAAUUCGUUUUUACACUCCUGUCGGGUGAAUCCCUCCCCAUGAAAUGAACCUGAAUCUGUUGUAACCAUGAUUUUUAAUUCUGUGUAUUGCCAAAUCUUUGUAAAGAGCAAAAGGACUGUUCUUGCUUCGCAGCGAGUCUUUCUCCCACCCCCGCUGGCUCCGGGAGAUCGCGCGAAGCACGCUAGCUCUGUGUUGCGGGAGGGGAUUUAGCAGUCCUACCCUUCUCUGUGCAGACCCAAAUUCAGGUCUUCCGGAGGGCCCUUCGUCCCGUUCCCCGCGUGUCGGCACCCGAAACACCCUCCGUGCUCGAAAGACGUCCCGCUGAAGACCCGAGAACUGGGUCGUACCAGAGAGUUGGGUUCGAGGCACGCCGGCAGAGCAGUGGGAAGGCAUCGCUGCCACGACUAGCGGAGGUGGCGAUGCAGCCGAAGGUUGACCCGCGCCGUCGGAGCUGGAGGGGGGACCCAGAGUUGGGCUCCUUCGAGGAUGCGAAGGGCUAAUAAGCACGUUCAACUUGAUGUGCAGAAUUGCCUGCAUCCCUUCCCACCUCCUCCCGGCUCCCGCGGCCUCCCCUCACAUCUCCUCUUCCUCACUGCCUGUCUUUGUGCCCGGAUACUUCUUCAGAGAAGGAGCAGGAUCGGACUCUGCAGUUGCUCUCCACUGGAGAAGGAGGGAAGGAGAAAACGUGGCGGGAAGCGGAGGAGAGGGAGCUCUCCGGGACCCAGAGGCAUCUCCCCGGCAGGACUCGGAGGUGGUUUCACAGGGGCUUCCCUGAAACCAGCUCCAAGUACAACGGAGCGGUUGACUGGACCGCAGCGGCGCUUGCCGCGGUGCUUCAUGUGAUCUCCGAAGAGCUCAGCUAAGAGAGACUUGAGUCUGGGAGCAACGAACAGCAUCCUGCGUAAGUAUUUCAUGUGACGGCGAAUGCAGCCAGGCUCCCUGGGACCAGGCCUCUUCCUCACGCUGAUGGAGAAUAUCUACACGGGCCCUACGUAGGGUCUGUGCGUGUUGGAUGUCGCGUGCUGUAUCUUACUCGGUGUCCAGUACACACACCCGGGGCUGAGGACUAGCCCUGGGAACCAGGCGUGAAGUUACCCGGAGUCGGGACCAUGGCUAGCAGCUGGCCGGGUCGGGGGAUGCUGUCGCAGUGCCUGUGAGCAUCAGGACAUGAGGCUUCAGGCCCAUCGAUGAUGUCUGGCCGGUGCCGAUGUGUCUUUGUGGUUGUCCCAAGCUCCGGUGCCAUAGCGAGGGCGGGCUGAACGAGCUUGGACUUGCUGGUCCUCACUGCUCGAGAGCGGGGGGUUGUCAAGCUCUCGCCGGAUCCAAAGAAGUGCGUGGUUCUGCGACUGGAAGGAUAAGAGUCGAUCUGGUCUGUGGGAAGGCCCAGCAGCUUUAUCCCAGCACAACUGCGGUGGAAGCAGCCCUCCUCCUGGUUUAGCAGGGGGGCAGAGGGAGUACGCGCGCCGGGGAGCUUCGCUAGCUGGGCGCUUGCUCGCCGUCUCCUGAGCCCGUUGUGCGGGUCACCAGGCACCCCCCGCUCCAGUCCCUCUGCCUUGCACGCACGGCCUUUCCCAGGGGACGCUGGCCCACGUCACCUGCAACGCCCGCCCCUCUCCUCCACGGCCGUGGCGCUCAGCUGAGCCGUUCUGCUUUUCGGUUCCCCGCAGCGCAAACGGGCCGCUUGGCGAGCGCAAGUGGUGCCGGAGGAGCGCUUGGCCCCGGUCCAUCUCCAGAGUAGCGCAGCUUCGAUCUUGCACUUCACUUUCAUGCAUCUCCCGCUCCUCUUCUUCCAGGCCCGGGAUCUGGGCACAGAGCAUUGCUUAGAGAUGAGAGGAAGCUUUACAGCCCAGGCCAUCCCAGCUCCUUCCUUCCUGGGCUGAGGACGGGCGGCGCGGAGCUAGGCAGGACGCUGCAGACGGCCGCUCGCCGAUGGGCUCGGCUGUUCCCGUGGUCGGUAGCCCCGUGCUCUGGCAGCGGUCUGAACACCGUGCUUCCGUGACACUCUCGUGCACCCCUUCAAAUGCUUCGGCUCUUCCCUGGAUGGGAUCAAACCCUGCACAUCCCGGAGUACAGAUGCGUCUCAUUGGCUCCAACGCCCUUGCCUUGGGAGACGGUGGGGCCUCGUCUGCCCCUCCCUUAUCGCUCUUGCCCCACCGUCGUCCGAUAGCCAGGGUUAGCAGCUGUUUUCGCUACCCGCGGGGCUGACUCCGAGUGAAGCGUCACCACUUCGAAAGCAAGGAUCUUCGAUCUUUAGAUUUUCCUCCUUCCUAUCCCAACGCGCCCUCCCGUGACCUCUGGAGUCUUUGCCUUCGAAUGGGGCCGGCAACUCGAACCCUGCCGAGUCCAAUGAAACCGGUGUCAAGAAGUCUAACUGCUGCUUCCCCAAGUGCUGGCUGUCAGAGCAGCCCUCCUUUCCUCCGAGGGACGCAGCGGGAGCCGCCUGUCGGCAGAGGUUGGGGUUUGCGAGCUGUAGCGCUGACGAGUCGGAGCUGGGAAACGUUAGCGCCUGGACUUCUGCACUCUUUGCUCAGCCUGCUGAUACGGUCUCGUGCCUUCACGCUGGUGGGGACCGGCCCAGGAGAGGCGGCGGGUGAGCAUUCGGCGGUCACAAAAAUCGCAGCCGCGUUGUGCCAGGAGAGACCGCCCCACGGCAACGCUCGCAGCGCGGGUCCGCCAGCGCCAGCCUCGCGUUCCUGGUGCCCUCCAGGCUGGGAGGUAAGAAGGGACUUCAGGACAGGACCCCUGGGGUGAACCUCAAAGCUUGGACUUGCUCUCCCACAGCUGCGCCUGCGGAUUCCCAGACUUGCAUCCGAGUCGCGGUGCAGAUGUCACGAUGCCAAAUAGUGAAAACCCAAAUACUUGAGUUUGUGCUUCUCUGUCACUUCGCCCCACUUCUCUGCAGCUGCUGAAACACCUGCUUACCCCCAAAACCACGCUCUUCCCUGGGUGUAGACCUUCCCUUCGAGCCCUGCCCCUCUGUUUGCUGAAGUCUGCACAGACUCUCUUGACUUCCUGCCCAAAGGCUUUGCAGUUCACCUUUUAAAAGCACGUCCCUGCCUGUCCAAGCGCCCCGCCGGUCUUUAGGUUAUGCUGCCAGUCCUCGCGUCGCCUCCCCCGCCCCGUGUGGUCUUUGCUGUCUGUAUCAUAUUGUACAUGACCUUGUUUUUCAGAGUUGUAGCGUCCUGCCUACAGUAUUUCGGACGGUGUACAUAAACCCGCAUAAGCACAAAAGAAAGCCGUGGAUGAAGUGUAUACGUUUCGUAAACUGAUUGUCAUGCAAACGAGUUUUAUAAUUAUUCCGAUGUUGUUGUAGAUUUCCAAUCUCUCCUAUUUAUUUUGUACCUGAUUUAUUUGUAUAUUUUGUGAUUAUUUUUUUUGUUUGUUUAAAAGCGUUUUUUUUGUUCGUUUCUGUUCUUUCUAGAUAAACGAUUAAUUUUUUUUCCCCUUUCUGUCGAACGGUCCGGUUUCUGCAUCGUUCCCUCCUCUGUGUUUCACCUUCACUUUAUUUAAAGGGGCCAACUGGUCAUUCUUUCUCUCAUCAUGUGCAUCGGGUGCCGUGGGCACGUGCUGGUCAAUCAUGGCUCAUGCAUCCCCAAUACCUUGGCGGCCUCUUCACUUCCCAAGAGGGUUGGGCCCGUCUCCUUCUCACGGACCGUAGCAUGUUGCCGUUGGCUCUCGUGGGACAGGAUGAGGCACGGAGCUAUAAAAGCCAGAGACCGAACGGACGCGCUGGCACCGUCGUGUCCGCGAGCGCUGGCGGGGUGGACGUGGUGGACACUGCCUGGGGUGCUUCAUCUGGGGACGUUUCCAGCAGGGCUGUGGUUUUUUGUUUUUUUUGUUCCCCCCGCCCCCACUAAUAAAAAUCCCUUCUUUACAACCUG